AUUUUGUUCCGUAUAUAAAUAGUAACACUUGACGGUUUCUUCCAGUUAAUAACAUUCAUUGAAGACAGGUGUAUUAUUAUGAAUCCUUUUGCUGUUAUUUUUGCAAUCUGCUGUUUGGCAAGUGCACGAGCACGACCUACUUAUGGUCACGGUGGUACCUCGCAGCUCGAAGGAGUACCCAACGACUCUCAUUACGGAAAAUUGACCUACCCUCACUAUGAUAUCUUGGAAUUGGGUAGUGAGAUCAAGGGCAGCCUGCCACCAGCAGUUGUAGAAAUCACCAAAAAGGUCGUCAUUAAAGAACCGAAACCGUACCCCGUCAAAGUACCAGUUCCUGUACCUCACCCAGUUGAAGUCGCUAAACCAUAUCCCGUCGUCGAAACGAAAAUCAUAAAAGUGCCACACCCAGUACCAGUCGAAGUGAUCAAGAAAAUCCCAGUACCCUUCGAAGUACCCAAACCCUUCCCCGUACCCAGCGAAGAGUUCAAAGCACCCCAUUUACAAGCGCCCGUAUCUUCGUACGGGGGCAGUUUCUCUGGACACGACCAGUUCGGACAUCAGCAAGCCGCUGAAGUUCAUGAAGAAAGCCAAGACGGAGGCGGCUAUAGCGGCGGUUACGAUGGCGGUUACGGAGGUGGUUACGAAGGUGGUUCCGACGGUGGUUCCGACGGUGGUUAUGGAGGAGGGUUUGAAGGGGGUGACAAUGGAGGUAGUUACGCCUCCGCCGAUCAAUCUCAAUCCUAUGGAUCGCACGUACAACCUGAGCAAUAUGGAUGGGUUCCUGUUCAAAUGAUACAUGAUGCUGGGGAAGCGCAGCAGAUUGAAGAACAUCAACAAUAGGGUGUCGUGAUAAACCAAAAAUUUUUUGUUUUUUUUUGUUGUUUGUUGUGUUGUGUUUGUUGAGUUUUGUUAAUAAAUUUUUUUAUAAUAA